AUGCAACACAUCAUCGAUAACCACCCCGACAUGGCCACCGCGCUGCUGGCGGGCGAGAAGCUGAAGGAGCUCAUCCUGCCGGGGCAGCAGGAUGACAAGGCGGGCGCGCUGGCGGCUCUGCUCCUCCAGCUGAAGCUGGAGCUGCCCUUCGACCGCGUGGUCACCAUCGGCACCGUCCUCAUCCCCAUCCUUCUCGUCACCCUCGUCUUCACCAAGAACUUCGCCGAGGAGCCAAUAUACUGUUACACACCACACAACUUCACCCGCGAUCAAGCCUUGUAUGCCAGAGGAUAUUGUUGGACAGAAUUAAAAGAUGCCUUGCCAGGAGUUGAUGCCAGCCACUGGCCCUCCUUGUUUGAGCAUAAGUUCCUACCUUAUGCACUGCUGGCUUUUGCUGGCAUAAUGUACAUUCCAGCUCUGGGCUGGGAAUUUCUGGCCUCCACCCGACUGACUUCAGAGCUUAAUUUUUUGCUUCAGGAGAUUGAUAACUGCUACCACCGUGCAGCUGAAGGGCGGGCACCAAAGAUAGAGAAACAGAUUCAGUCCAAAGGCCCAGGGAUCACCGAGAGAGAGAAGAGAGAAAUCAUUGAGAAUGCAGAGAAGGAAAAAAGCCCAGAGCAGAACUUGUUUGAGAAAUACCUGGAAAGAAGAGGACGAAGUAACUUUUUAGCUAAGCUUUACCUUGCAAGACAUUUGUUCAUCAUCUUCUUGAGCAUCAUACCAAUUACAUACCUAUCUACCUACUAUGCUACACAGAAGCAAAAUGAAUUUACGUGUGCACUAGGAGAGCCUCCGGACAAAACGAGCAGCUCCAAAUUGCACAUCAGAGUGAACUGUAAGCUGCCCUCUGUCCAGCUCCAGCGGAUUAUUGCUGGUGUGGAUAUCGUUCUCCUCUGCUUCAUGAACCUGAUAAUCCUCAUCAACUUAAUUCACCUCUUCAUAUUUCGCAAGUCCAACUUCAUAUUCGAUAAACUGAACAAAGUUGGAAUAAAGACCAAGAAACAGUGGCAGAAGUCCCAGUUUUGUGAUAUCAAUAUUUUGGCCAUGUUUUGCAAUGAAAAUCGUGACCACAUAAAAUCGUUGAACCGUCUGGACUUUAUAACAAACGAGAGCGAUCUGAUGUAUGACAACGUGGUGCGCCAGCUGCUCGCCGCAUUGGCCCAGUCCAAUCAUGAUGCCACUCCAACCAUGCGGGACUCGGGGAUCCAAACAAUAGACCCAAGCGUGGAUCCGGCAGACAUCGAUGCUAAUGAGCAGCUCAUCAUUAAGAGACCGAGGAAGAAGAUGAAGUGGAUCCCAACCACCAAUCCCCUUCCGCAGCCGUUCAAGGAACAGUUAGCCAUCAUGAAGGUCGAAAACCAUAAACCUGAGAAACCGAAGCCCGUGCGGAGGAAAACAGCAACGGACAGCCUCAUAGCUCCUUUGUUGGAGUCCACCACAAAAACCUCACAGCAGUCAGCUCACAAAGCCGAGCCAAACGCCAUCCCAAGCACAAGCACUGAAAAAAAGCAUACACGGCACUUUUCCUUGGAUGUUCAUCCAUAUAUACUUAGUAGCAAAAAACCCAAACCAGAGAUUCCGGCCAUCCCUUCGAUGCCUACGUCAAAAAGCCAAGAGGGUGGAUUUUUAAACCAGGAGGAGAAUGUUGUAGUACACGUUACCUCUUCUCUCAAAGACACCCCUCAUCCUGCAAAAGAGAUCCUGUACUCAUCUGAGACAUGCAGAACUGUGCCUGCUGCCGGGGCUUUUGUCACAUGUAACCACAACCAUAUAGCCACAACUGCUGCCGCAACCAGUGUGGCUUUGAACCAAGUCAAGCCAGAGCAAACACCCGCACUGAACUGCAACCCAGCCCACCCUCUGCUGCACAUCAACACACUCUAUGAGGACCAUGAGGAGGAAGUUUCAAACAUAAUAGACAAUGGUAUUCACUCUCCAGCUGACACCGGGGAGAUCCUCUCCAUCCCUACCCCAAAGCAGAUACGGUUGGCGACUUUUGAUGAACCAAUGGCCAUGGUGGGCUCGGUGGAGUACUGA